AUGUGUGGCGAAAGUGGUGUUGUGUAUGAUUUCGUCAUUUAUCAAGGAAAAAACACAGAGAUUGACAAAGAAAACAAAGAGGUCUUCGGUUUAGGCGCAUCAGUUGCGUUACAUCUUGCUAACUCGGUACCACCUGGCUCUGAAUUGUAUUUUGACAACUUUUUUUCGUCCUAUCACCUAUUUCAAAUGCUAACAAAAAAGUCAGCUUUUGCUGCUUCUACUGUUAGGGUAGACCGCUUCGUCAAACCUCCGUUUAUGACAACUAAAGAGUUGAAAGAUAGAGGCCAUAGAGCUAUGCAAGAAGUGACAAGUCAAGACAGAGCUGUCACUCUUGUGCGGUGGAAUGAUAACCAACCUGUAACAUUGGCCUCUAACUUUGUUGGAAUAGGAAAGACUGAGACUGUAAUUCGGUGGGACAAAGACAGGAAAGCAUUUGUCGAGGUUUCCAGGCCAGAUGUUGUUGGUCUUUACAAUAAGUCAAUGGGAGGUGUCGACAAGAUUGACUUCUUAGUAGUCAUUUAUAGGACCUUCAUUCGCUCAAGGAAAUGGCCACUGAGGAUUAUUUUUCAUCUGAUUGAUUUAGCCAUAUGCAACAGUUGGCUGGAAUACCGGAAGGAUUGUGAAACCUGCAACGUCAGGAAAAAUAUGGUCAUGGACUUGUUACAGUUCAGAAUGAGUGUUGUGUACAGCCUUGGUCUAGUAGGAAGCACAAACUCUGCACGUAAAAGAGGUAGACCAAAACUACAAGACGAAGAAAUGCCUUCAACUCCCCCGCCAGCUCCAUCAGCAAGAUGUGAAUCCCGUCCCAUCGCAGCCGUUCGACUGGACACUGUUGACAAUUUUCCAAUCCACAGUAAUAAAAAAGAAGCUGGAAGGUGCAAAAAGCCACAGUGCAAGGGAAAAUCUCACAUCCGUUGUGAUAAAUGUGAAGUGUAUCUGUGCCUUUCCAAAGACCGUAACUGUUUCCGAUCUUUUCACAUGACAUAA